ACAUUGGGUUUUUUAUUCCUUUCAUCUAGCCCUAAAACCCUAGCUUUCUGCAAUUUGUUUGCUUUUCUUUCUCUCUUCGGCCAAUCUCGAAACUGUGAUUCACGAGACAAUUUGAAGAAAUGGGUGAUAAGAAGAAGAAGACUUUUAUGUUUAUCCGUCUUGUCUCAGCAGCUGGGACUGGAUUCUUCUAUGUGAAGAGGAAAAGUGCCAAGAAAGUGGCAGAGAAACUUGAGUUCCGCAAGUACGAUCCUCGGGUAAAUCGCCAUGUUCUUUUCACAGAACAAAAAAUGAAAUAAGGAACCUGUUAUGUAUAAGCUAUGCUAAUUUUAGACCAAUGUACAAGUGCUGUUUCAGUGUUUCUUGUGGACGAUAUCAAAUUAUGCAAGCCUGAACAAAGGGCGAUUGUUUUUAGUUA